AGAGUUGCCGCGUCUCAACAGCGCCAGAACACUACAUUCGGGCGGUACACCGAGGUCAAGGUCGAGAAGGAGCUCAUCGAAACGACGGCCAAAGCCAAGCGCUCGGUCUUGCACUUCUACCACCGCGACUUUCGGCGGUGCAGGAUCAUGGACGCCCAUCUCGAGAAACUCGCCGCCAAGCACACCGACACGCUCUUCCUCAAGGCCGACGUCGCCAACGUGCCCUUUCUCGUCGCCAAGCUCGAGGUCAAGGUGCUGCCCUGUGUCAUCGGUUUCGUCGACGGCGUCACCAAGAUGAAACUCGUGGGCUUCGACGAGCUGCCGGGAGGCGACACGUUCCAGACUGCGUCGCUCGAAAUCGGCAUGGUGCAGUGCGGUACGUCCUCCCUCUCCUCGUGCCCUUGCCAGUCCGAGCCCUUCUUCCUGACUCUCUUUCUCUCACAGGCGUGCUCAACAAGGUCCCGGGCUCGGACGCUGUCGGCAUGUUCCCGUCGUUGA